CUUGGUCACACUAAUCGCGCAGCUGACUGGCCGGCAUGGAAUUAAGUAACAACAAAGUGUGCUGAUAAAUAUAUUUAUAUAUAAGUGCCGAAAUAUGCUGCGCAGACGGUCGUUGUUCGGUCCUUGUAUUGGUUUCCUAAGGCUAUCAGCCAGGCUGCAGCACAGAGCUGGCCAAGCGGAAAAUGACCAGGCAAGCAGUCUCUUGCCCGCGUACUCGGAUGCAGAACGCCUGAAGAUCCUGCAGGCCAUAAACGAAAAAAGCAUGGAUCAGAUGACCAGCUUUGACAUAACCAAGUCGAGGGCCACCAAGCUGCACAACUGGAAGGUACGACACGGUCCGCUGCAAGACCUCAGUGACAUCCUUUACGUGGAGGGAUUCGGCCUGAAGGUUGCCAUCAAGUUCUUCAAGAGUCUGCUUGAGCCGUUGGGAAGUAGGAGCAGCGGAGCUGUCGGAAAGCCAAAGGCAGCUCGAGUGGCGCCUUUCAUUACACCGCCCAUUGACGAAGCGCAACGCCAACGGAUAGCCUCCUCUGUGGGCGUGCGCAUCGGGGUAACUAGUGUAAGCUGGGCGCGGUUGGAAAUCGGGAGCGGCGAUUCACCCUGUAUGCUUACCGACUGGCAUCAUCAUGAGCUCAAUGACAAGAAGCUCCACUUGUCAGAGCUUUCCCGGCGAUGCCUUUACGUCUCCCACCAAAUACCGCAUGCCGACUGCUACGUCAUGGAGAGUCCACAGAUGGCCCAAGCCAGUAGCAACCCGGGCAGCAUCGAUCAACAGAACGUUAACAUCCAGAAAGCGCAGGUGGCGGCCAUCAUGAGCUACUCGUUAAUGUCCCGGUCGGAUGCCGAUGAAAACAAGGCCAACAGCCUCUACUUUAUGCGCCGGUUUCUCUCAGCCCGCCUUUUCAAUCACCUGGUAGGCACGGAGCGCGUGUCGUCCGAGGACACAAUAUUGGCCAUGAUGCGGACCCAUUACAACGUGGAACAUGAGCUCCCAAAAACAGAUUCCUCGCUGAGCCUGCGCCAACAAGUGCUCUUUCCCGCCGACCUACGCCUCAUAUUUUCGCAGCAGGAGCGCUACCAGCGCGAGCUUCUGGGACAGGCCUUUUUACUUACCUUGGCCUUUACUCGACUCGUGCUUCUGCAGGAUUCGCAAAGUAUCGCCCUGGUUACCCGCAGUUCCAAGUGUUCUCUUCCGGGAGAGAAAAGUUGCGAGGCUAUUGUAGUGUAAUAUUAAGGAUAUUCACAGUAACGUUAUUUUGCACAUGUACUUUUUUUGUUUUGUAUUAUAAACCAGUAUAUUAAUCGCAACCUCGAAUUAAUGGGAUUUCUAAAAUUAAAAUAUACAAUAUUUAUUCUAAAUCGA